CUACUACUUCCUGUUUACGUUUUCAUGUGACGUCACACGACUGACAUUCUUCUCUGUUCGAACAGGUCGCUCACCAAAUUCGUGGAACAACAAACUUGUGCCACGUCAGGACUUCCUUUCUAGCUAACUAACGCAUAUGACAGCUGUUUAGGGUAAACUGCAUACGACUUUUGGCACUCGGUGAGCUUUACCGAAUACAUUGCUCGCAUGUUUUGGACGAAUCAAAAGUCAGUAUUGGCUAGUGUUAGCUGGAUGUGCGUGUGUCAGCUGUCUCUCCUAAACAGACGCGACCUACAUUUUGAGUCCAUUUGACUUGUUAAAAUGGAGAACAAAUAUAACCUCAAGAGUCCAGCUGUAAAGAGGCUGAUGAAGGAGGCUGCUGAACUGAGGGACCCCACAGAGCACUACCACGCCCAGCCACUGGAGGAUAAUCUGUUUGAGUGGCACUUCUCUGUCCGCGGACCCCCAGACUCGGAUUUCGACGGUGGGGUUUACCACGGCAGGAUCGUGCUGCCCCCGGAAUACCCCAUGAAGCCCCCCAGCAUCAUUCUACUCACACCCAAUGGGAGAUUCGAGGUGGGGAAGAAGAUCUGUCUGAGCAUCUCCGGCCACCACCCAGAGACAUGGCAGCCAUCUUGGAGCAUCAGAACGGCACUAAUAGCUAUAAUCGGAUUCAUGCCAACCAAAGGAGAGGGUGCAAUCGGAUCUCUUGAUUAUACCCCAGAGGAGAGGAGAGCCCUUGCCAAAAAAUCACAGGACUUCUGCUGUGAGACUUGUGGCUGCUCCAUGCACUUAGCCCUCCUGUCUCCCUCCCCCACAAACCCCAGCCCAGAGGACCAAGAGGACCAAGAGCUUGCCCAGCAGAUCAACUUCAAGGCAGAGUCCAGGCAGGGCAGUGAGAGCACAGGGGCAGAGAGUGAGCCCCCCACAGAACCCCAGGGAGAGACAUCCUCCUCGGGGAGACAGGAGGAAGAGGAGAACGCCCAGGCUGAGCAGGCCGAGGCGGCUCCACCUCCCAGUGAGGAGGAGACGAGUCCACCAGCCCCCAGCACCCACCAGCGCCGGGCCCAGCAGCAACAGAGAGACCAGAUAGAGCCCCCCAGCAGGCCCACUUUCCCCCACACCGCCGCCCCCCACCCUCCUCAGGACACCAGCCAUACGGGCUCUGUGGUGCUCAUCGUGGUGCUCGCCCUGCUCCUGGCUGCCCUCAUCUUCCGCAGGGUCUACCUGACCAACGAGUACAAGUUUGACUACGAGCUGUGACAAAACUAACCUUAUCCUCCCCAGCCCCACCACCCCCCUGAGUCGAGUGAGUCAACCGCCCCUCCUAUCACCUGACCUGACACCCUAGCUGGCAACAAACUGACUUUCUCUUUACCGUGGGCUUCAAAGAGGGCUUGGUUUACAAUGAGGGUAACUUUCAUUCCUGUGGAGGAUGGGGUUGACUCACCACCACAACACCUCCCGAGGUGUCUUCUAUUACUUUGAACUGACUCUAGAGUGUACUAAAUUUUUUAGAAUGGGAGUAUUGUAUCUAAACCUCCCCAGAGGGGAGACACUGUAUCAGACCUGGGUUCAAAUACUAUUUAAAAUCUUUCAAAUACUUUGUUUUUGCUCUAGCCUGCCUGGGAUGCCAGUUGUUUUUUGUUUUGGAAUUAUUAUAUUGGGACAUGUAGCCAGGCAAGCUCAAGCAACCACAGAUAAAGUAUGUGAAAUUAUUUCAAAUCAUAUUUGAACCCAGGUCUGCUCUAGCUCUCCUUUUUAAUUUGUCAGGCAUCUGUUUAUCAUAGGAAUUGCUGAUUUGCUCUCAAUAUUUAAACAAGACAAUACUGUCAUAUAACAUGUAAACAAUGAAGGCUAUUAAAUUGUUUGUCUCAAAAUUAUUAUUUAAUUGUGCAAAGGGAAGCUACAUGAUUAACAUUUUGUAUACAGAUAAGAUGCUAACAAUUUCUGCUGAACUGUUAUGUCGUUUACAUAUCUGACUGCCUAGCCAAUGCUCUGGCUGUUCCUACUUUGCAAUAGCAGAUACAACCUAGCUAGUAUACAUACUCUGUCAAUCUUAUAGCCUGAGUGCCAGUCUGUUUCUGCUCUCUUGCCAACUGCUUGUCACUCAAUUUCAUGAGCUUAAAGGAAAGGGAGAUUUUAAGAGACUGUACGACUAUAGCCUAUCUUUUGAAGUCCUCAAAAGAAAUAGGAUUGGGGACUAAUGCAGAGGUUUAAAUGUUGUGUGCACAUUUUACUUCAGAGCAAAUAAAAUGACCAGAAUAGGGCCUCUAAGUUAGAAACAUCUAAGACAGCUUGAUUCAUGUCUCAAGAUGUAAUUUAGACAUAUAUCCAUCUCUUCAGACUGUAUUUGAACCAUACAUACAGUAGGUUUGAACAUUGUAUCAGAAAAUAAAUGCCUUGGAAUUUAUUUUUUUCUUUCUCUGUCAUGACGGCUGGCUGAAAGUAACACUUAGUUAUCCAUCUCUGCGCAAACCAUUAAGUAAUCUGGAGAGUUGAAACACAUGUACACAUAAAGGAUCAGAUUUCAUCAUCCAGUAAGUUUUAUCUAAAAGAUGUACAGUGCAUUUGAAAGUAUUCAGACCUUGACUUCUGACAUUUUGUUAAGUUUCAGCCUUAUUCUAAAAUGUAUUCAAUUGUUUUUUUCCCUCAUUGAUCUACACACACUACCCCUUAAUGACAAAGCAAAAACAGAGUUUUAGAAAUGCUUGCAAAUUUACUUAAAUGAUGCAUUUAUAUAAGUAUUCAGACCCUUUACUCAGUACUUUGUUGAAGCACCUUUGGCAGCGAUUUAAAGCUUCAAGUCUUCUUGGGUAUGACGCAAGAUUGGCACACCUGUAUUAGGGGAGUUUCUCAUUCUUUGCAGAUAUUCUCAAGCUCUGUCAGGUUGGAUGGGGAGUGUCGCUGCACAGCUAUUUUCAAAUCAAACUUUGUCACAUGUGCCGAAUACAAGUGUAGACCUUACCGUGAAAUGCUUUAUACAAGCCCUUAACCAACAGUGCAGUCCAAGAAGAGUUAAGAAAAUAUUUAAGUAAACUGAAGUAAAAAAAAAAAUCUAAAGGAACACCAGUCUGUGUGCGGGGGUACAGGUCAGAGGUGAUUUGUACAUGUAGGUAGGGGGGGAAGUAACUAUGAAGCUGUUAAGCAGCCUUUUGGUCCUAGACAUGGUGCUCCGGUACUGCUUGCUGUGCGGUAGCAGAGAAAACAGUCUAUGACUGGAGUCUCUGUCAAUUUUAUGGGCUUUCCUCUGACACCCCAGUGAUGUACUGGGCCGUACACACUAUCCUCUGUAGCGCCUUACGGUCAGAUGACGAGCAGUUGCCAUACCAGGUAGUGAUUCAGCCGGUCAUGAUGCUCUCGAUGGUGCAGCUGUAGAACUUUUUGAGGAUCUGAGGACCCAUGCCAAAUCUUUUCGGUCCUGAAGGGGAAAGGUUUGGUCGUGCCCUCUUCAUGAUUGUUUUGGUGUGUUUGGACCAUGAUAGAUUGUUGGUGAUGUGGACACCAAGGAACUUGAAACUCUCGUAGGGAUGGUGCCAUCUCUCCAGAGAUGUUCGAUCGGGUUCAAGACCGGGCUCUGGCUGGGCCACAUAAGGACAUUCAGAGACGUGUCCCAAUGCCACCCCUGCGUUGUCUUGGCUGUGGUCUUAGGGUCGUUGUCCUGUUGGGAGGUGAACCUUCACCCCAGUCUGACGUCCUGACCGCUCUGGAGGAGGAUUUCAUCAAAGGUUCUCUACUUUGCUCUGUUCAUCUUUCUCUCGAUCCUGACUAGUAUCCCAGUCCCUUCCACUGAAAAACAUCCCCACAGCAUGAUGCUGCCACCACCAUGCUUCACCAUAGGGAUGGUGCCAGGUUUCCUCCAGACGUGACACUUGGCAUUCAGGCCAAAGAGUUUAAACUUGGUUUCAUCAAACCAGAGAAUGUUGUUUCUCAUGGUCUGAGAAUCCUUUAGGUCCCUUUUGGCAAAUUCCAAGCGGGCUGUCGUGCUUUUUACUGAGUGGCUUCUGUCUGGCCACUCUACCAUAAAGGCAUGAUUGGUGGUGCUGCAGAUGGUUGUCCUUCUGGUAGUUUCUCCUAUCUCCACAGAGUAACUCUGGAGCUCUGUCAGAGUGACCAUCGGGUUCUUGGUUACCUCCUUGAUCAAGGCCCUUCUCACCCGAUUACUCAGUUUGGCCAGGCGGCCAGCUUUAGGAAGAGUCUUGUUGGUUCCAAACUUCUUCCAUUUAAGAAUGAUGGAGGCCACUUUUGUGUUCUUGGGGACCUUCAAUGCUGCAGAAAUGUUUUGGUACCCUUCCCCAAAUCUGUGCCUCUACACCAUCCUGUCUCUGAGCUCUACGGACAAGUCCUUCAACCUCAUGGCCUGGUUUUUGCUCUGACAUUUACUGUCAACUGUGGGACCUUAUAUAGACAGGUGUGUGCCUUUCCAAAUCAUGUCCAAUCAAUUUAAUUUAACACAGGUGGAAUCCAAGUUGUAGAAACAUCUUAAGGGUGAUCAAUGGAAACAGGAUGCAACUGAGCUCAGUUUUGAGUCUCAAUGGAUCUGAAUAGUUAAGUAAUUAAUGUAUUUUUCAGUGGUUUUUGCAAACAUUUCUAAAAAACUGUUUUCGCUUUGUCAUUGUGAUAUUGUGUGUAGAUUGAGGAAAACAUUUAAAUUAAUCGAUUUUAGAAUAUGGCUGCAACAGUAAUAAAAUGAGGAAAAAGUGAAGUGGUCUGAAUACUUUCUGAAUGCACUGUAUAUUAGGAUAUGCACUUGCUGUUGAUAUACUUGAUUCCAGGCCUGUUAUAUUAUAGUUACAUGCAUAGUGCUUUGUGAGUUGUUACUGAGAGGUUUAAUUAGAACAGGCGCCAUAUAUCUACGUUGUGGUUUUUCGACAAGCGCCAGACACCUGUGAGAAUCCUUACAUCAGUUGAUUGAGGAUUCCCUGUGUCAUGUAAACGUCUUCCCACCGUGAAAUGGUUGCCAAUCAACUUCACACGGACACCCUGGAAUGUGGUCAUGUCAUUAUACUGUAGCUAAACAAGAGCUGUUGCUGAAGCUGCGCGCUCGGUGCCUUGGUUUGGAGCGCUUGGAAACCAACCACUGUAGACCGUGAACCAAUCAGGGAGCAAUAAGCGGGACCAGCCGCUUGGCCUCGUGAACAGUCGUUGUUACUUAUUCAACCGGCAAACUGCCUCACUACAAUGCUUGGGAACAAAAUAUGCUACAAUGCUCAAACCAUUGCGGACGUGGAUUAAAGGGAUCGCUUCACUCAUUCGAAGACUUUUGAGUUUUCACACAUAAUGCCUUAUAUUACGUUUUUGUUCUUACUUUUUUGCUUGAUACUUAUCGGGGAAUGCCGAAAGCACAAAAGUAGGAAAAGGCGGUGGUCCGGGGCGGUGGAAUCUUACAAGCAUGGCGCGUAAGUACCUGGAUCCUUACCCUUUUUGAGAGUCCAUCCAAAUGUGUUUCCAUCUUUCACUCUUUCGUUUGCACUUUAAAACAACUGGAGGUCUUCAUGCCAUCCCCUUUCUUUGUUUCUUGGGUUAAAUUCCACACUUGUGGAACCCUACGUUCCGUUUGAUGUAGCCUAAUACUGGGCUAUUUAUUCGACCUCAUUUUUUACAUUGAAAAUGAUUUAUGGCUCGUUUCAGUAAUGUUAAACCCGUUAGUCGUUGACACGGAGACUGUAUGCAAAUAUUAGCCUCCGUGGGUUGGACUCGAACACGCACGGUGUCCGUGCGUAAAGAUGACCCAGAGCGCAGUGCGCAUAUGAUGGAAGGAUGCAAUCAAUGGAUGGACUCUGCAUGAGCAGAGAUGUCAUGAAUCAUCACUAUCUGCAAGUGUGAUCAUCCAUGCCAUUCAUCUGAAUUUUGCAUCAUUAUUCUGCAUCGUGCUUCACUGACUUGUGCCGUUCUCCCCUUCAGAUGACCAGUGAUGUGUUCCGUCAUUGUUAAUAAUCGUAUCUGUGAAAUGCGAGGCGAUCCCACUGCGAGACUGUUCAAUGACACAAAGCUCUCAAAUGCACUUGAAGUAGGCUUCAGUAAGGGCAGAACAUGGUUCAUGUAAUCUGCAAGAUUGAACAGAUUUAACAGUUCCAUGGGGACAGUGGAUUAAUCGGGUUCUCAGGAUCCCCCGCUGUAUUACAAGUAGCUAACCAAUUAUGUUAUUCUUGUAUAUUUAGUUAUAACAUGAGACAUUUUUGUCCAGUUGACAGUUAUAGGAUUACAAUUACAAAUCAACCCCUAUAGCAUGAAGUGGCAGGGGACAAUGUGUGGUUCAUUAUUAACUCUUGUGUUGUUUUAACAUUCUGUAUACUCCCCUUGUCCUAAGGGUAAAAAAAAAUGACCCACCUUCACUAAACCCCUAAAAUAAAGCAUCUUAGUUGAAUUUUAAACCCCAAAUCUAUUUUGCAUGAAGAAACAACCUCUUCACAAUGCAGAACGAUUGCAUUUAAAUCAGUGGACAUCACUGGGUUUUAUUACAACACACCCUUCAUAAUAGUUUUUUUUUUGCUAAAGUAGAGGUUAAUUAUUAUUAUUGCUAAAGGUACUGCAUAGGUGUAAACAUUACUUUUUUUUAGCAAGAGGUAGCACUUGUAUAGCCUAAGAAAGUAGCAGAUAUGUGCAGAAAGUAGUUUUGAAUGCAUUUUAUUGAAGGGAAACAAUAACAAUUCGCAUAUACUGUACAAUGAGGAAUUCAACUACAAAAUACUAGUCUUCUCCCAUUUUAACCAUUGCCCCCACCCACAAGGUGUAUAAACAACAACAACAAAUAAGAAUAAAAUAAGAUAAUUGAUACAAAACAAAAACUUGAAGAACAUAAAUCAAUCAACUGUAAUUAGCACAUGUAGGACAGUAUGCAAGUGUGUGUGCAUGGACUUUGCAGAUGUAUUUCUCCCAUGUGCAGCACAUAGUAUUAGUUUCACAGUCCUUUGGGGGCAGAAUUGGCAUCUCCUCCUCUUGCCUGGCCCAGCGGCAGCCUCAGGUGGAUCAGGACAAGAUUCAGCCCCGUGAACAGCGUUCACAAGCGCUGUAGAGGCUGCUGCACGGGGGACGCGCUCCCUUCUUUGAAUGUGUGGGGUUACAAGUGCCUUUCCCAGCUUCGCCAGGAACUCCCUCCUCUUGUUCCGCUUAUCAGGCAUCCAGGUAGUGCUGAACUUGUUCCAUAUCACAAAGGCAUUGUAUGAGGACACAUCAAUGAUGUUAUGGAAGAUGGGGCCAGCGGGCAGUCAUCCUCCUGCAGCUGUAAGUUCCAAUAACCUUGCCUAGGUUGUCCACACCUCCUUUGUUGUGGUUGUAGUCCAGGAUGAUGGCUGGCUUCCUGUCCUCACGAUCACGGAUCUCAGCUGUUUUCCGCAGUGUGCUCAGGAGGACCACAUUCUUGUGGUAAGAAACUAGAGUGGUGGUGGGGGUGAAGGCAAACUUUGAUGAGAAGGCCUCUCUCCCCCUUGUUGCGAGGGGUGCAGGUGGGAGCUGUUAACUGUGGGAGGUGCAGGUGCAGGUGGGAGCUUUUAACUGUGCCAACCAUGGUGAUUUUCCUCUUCAGGAGCUGCUGGCUGAGUUCAUAAGAGGUGAAGAAAUUGUCACACGUGACAUUGUGCCCCCUCAGUCCAUCUGUGACAUCAAGCACAACCCACAUCCACUGGUUCCUCUCCAGGCCUCCGGUGGUCGGCUUCCCUGUGAAGACUUGCAUCUUCCAAACAUAGCUGGAUUGUGCGUCAAAGGCCACCCAUAUCUUGAUGCCAUACUUUGCUGGCUUGCUGGGUAAAAGAGAUUACUAUCAGUAAUUAGUAUCAGUGUCACAGAAAACAAACACAUAAAUCAAGGAUAUUACAGCAAUACAUAAUAAAAUUAACACUGAAAAUCACUUACAUUACAGAUAUGAAAAUAAAAAUGUACCUCUGAAUGGAACCAGUUGCUCAUCCACUGUUACUUCAGGCCCAGAGUUGUAGAGGUAUGGCUCCACCCACUUCUCCCAGACUUGCAGGUCUUGACUCACGGUUAUCAAAUCAUACCAUUCUUGAGAAAGUGUGAAAGACUUUCAGUUGCAUCGUGGCACGGAAAAAAUCGCCCUUCCACACUCUGAAUCGCAGAGACUACAUGUAGCCUCGCCUCGGGACCUAUACACACCCAAUGUAGGCACGCAGGUCAAUCUCAUCCAUCCCUUUCCAGUUGUCUCCAUAUUUACGGAAACCCUCCAAAUCUGAUCUACUACCUGUAUGUGCACUCAUGGCUUUAGCAAAGAGAGAACUGGGGAGACUGUCAUCUGCAGCACCUUUAGAGCCUCUGACUGCAUUCCCCAUUAGUAAACAUUGCUUUCAAGAAAUGUUUAUUUUGUCUGAAAUGUUUAUUUUGACUGAAAUGGUUUUUAUUUGUCUGUGAACUUGAGUCAUGUGUGGGGUCAUGGAGUGGAGAUGCUGCACAUGCACAUUAAAGUUUUUGUUUUCUCUGAGUUCGA